AUGUACGUGGAUGCCAGCGUUGCCACCAGCUUAUACGUGGAUGGUGGCGCUGGUGGAGCAGAUGGGUCCCAGACGGUCUCAGGCCUUAACCUCAUGAAGAUCUUCCGCUUGGCGCGCUUGGCCCGCUUGGUGCGGGCACUUCGCUUCCGCGUCUUCUAUGAGCUGAAGCUGAUCGUCUUGGGCGUGUUCUCGGGACUGCGCGUAAUCUGCUGGGCAAUACUGCUUCUGGUGGUACUUGUCUAUGCCAUCGGAGUGGCCAUGCGUAAUUUCGUUGGAGAGGAGGAGGAGUUCGAGAGCGUGCUACAGGCCAUGUUUACCUGCUUCAGAUGCUUCACCGAGGGCUGUGACUCAUAUAAUGGGACCCCUUUGCCCGAGCGCCUGCGUGAGCAUUAUGGAGGCGGCUACUUUGUGACCGGAUACAUCUUCGUGACGAUGCUAAUCAAUGUGGGCGUCUUCAACCUUAUCAUGGCUGUUUUCAUUGAGAACGUGAUGAGUUCCCAGUAUGUGCGGAAGCAGAACGAGAUUUCCGAGACUGCCAUGGCCAUGGAGAUGAAAAUCAAGGAUAAGAUCAUCCGCAAGCUGGGCUUGCGAAGAAACAGCUUUCGCAAGUCAUCCGACCUCAAAAGUAGAUCUGAAGACAUGGACUGGGUCUUGCAGGCUGGUGGCCGGAGCAUCUCCCGCGAAGAGUUUGCCUUCUGGCUCCAGGAUCCCGAUUUCAUCCGGCUGCUUGAUGAGGCCAGCAUUGAUGUCUCGGGCAGAGUGGCUCUCUUUGAUGUCCUUGAUGCAGAUGGAGGUGGAGAGUUAAGCGUGGAGGAGCUGAUCACCGGCCUCAUGAGUCUCCGGGGGCCGGUCACCAAAGGAGACGUGCCUCGCCCCUUUUGUGAGAACCGCAGCUCUUCCCCAUCCACUUCUGCGAGAGAGAGAGAGAGGGAGAGGUGGGGCGCGCGGGGGGUUCCUGGGGGCCCCUCCUGCCCCGUAGAAGAAGGAGAGGGUGCGGCGCGUGCGGGGACUGCACGGAGGCCCCGCGCCGCAAGGUUGCCCUGCCGAGGUGGGAAAGCCCGCUGCCUUAAACGCAGCAGCGUGCAGGAGACAACUCGUCCUGUACCCACUGUUCAGCUCCAGUUGGCAAGAAACCCGGCGGGAAGAAGCUUCUGA